CCGCUGCGCGGCGUUCGGGUCACCCCUGCCAACAUCUUCUGCACCGACCAGUACUUGAAGGUAAGCAUCCCUCCCUUUUUAUUUGAAGCCAUUUUAUAUGCUCCUAUUGAUGACACAAAUAGCACAGCAAAGAUUGGAAAUGGAAUAAUUUUCUUCACUUUGUAUAAAAAAGAAGUGGCCGUGUGGGAAUCCCUAACUCUAGCAAAUGCUAACAAGGAGAAACUGCAAUCUCUAAGAGAAAAUGCUGUUUUAAAAGCCCAUGAAAAGGCAAAAGAGGAGACAGAAGCAAAAAAAGUUACAAAACAGGAACACAAAAAAUAUGCUUUGGAGGCCACAAUGAAGCUAGAAGAAGCAGAAAGAAAAAGAAUUGAAGAUCUGAAAGAAAAGGAGCGGCAGAAGGUCACUAAGGAGUUGGAGUUAUGGAGAAAACAGCAAAAAGAUGCUGAGAAACAGAAGAGGGUACAAAAAGAAGGGGAACUACAUGAAAAAGUAGAGCAAUUAAAAGAGAAUAAAAAGGAAAAAAUGAACAAAACUAGGACUCCUAAUGAAGGAACUUCUAAGACCAGACUCAAACCUAUUAAAGGUCAUGGAUCCUAUGGUAUGUUUUCAGAAAAUUUAAAGGAAGAACAGUUACCAGCUCCUCGAUCUGCGGCUACAAUUAAAAUCAACUUUACAUCAAGAGUUUUUCCUACAGCUCUGCGAGAAUCUCGCAUUGCAGAAGAGGAGGAGUGGCUACGUAAACAAGCAGAGGCUCGAAGAACAAUAAGUGCUGAUUUGUCUGAGCUGGAGGAUUUAAAAGAAGAUGAGAAGAAUCCAGAUUGGUUAAAGGACAAAGGAAACAAAAUGUUUGCAACAGGAAACUAUCUUGCAGCUGUAAAUGCGUACAACCUUGCAGUGCGGCUAAACAAUAAGCUUCCCCUCCUGUAUCUGAAUCGUGCUGCUUGCCACCUUAAACUGAGAAAUUUGCAUAAGGCUAUUGAAGAUUCCUCUAAGGCACUAGAACUGCUGACACCACUUGUUCCUGAUAAUGAGAAUGCUCGAGUAAAAGCGUAUGUGAGACGUGGAACAGCAUUUUGUCAGUUGGAAUUAUAUACUGAAGGUCUCCAGGAUUAUGAAGCAGCUCUCAAGAUUGAUCCUAAAAACAGAACUAUAGAAGAAGAUGCUGAGAAGAUUCGACACCUAAUUCAAGGAACAAUGCAAGAUUCUUAAUUAAAAAUAAAAAAGAACUUUUUGACCCAGAUGACUCUUGAGGGGGUCAGAAGGAAUCUGAGUUCUCUUCAAUUUGUUGUUAACUAGACAUUUUUCUGUUUCACUCAGAACACCUAUAGAAUUGGUAAAAUACUGGAUAUCUGAAUUACUAUUUUUGGAAAGUAUAGUAUCAUAACAAAUAUUAUUAGAUAUAUUUUGUAUCAUAUAUUUUUGCUUUCUGUGAAAUAUUGGUGGGCCGAAUAUUAACACAUGCUUUUCAUACUUGAUUUAAAGUUA